AUGAAGCCCGCAACACUCCUCUGCGCUCUUGGCUUCGCCGAGAUGGCUCUGGCAGUGCCCGUCCCAAUGACCAUCUCAGACAUGAUGGCACACGUGAAGGAUGAGGCACACCGUCUUACCCGGAUAACACGCGUGUCGAUGCACCGCCUGCGCCCCGUCGCCAUUAUCCAGGAAUCAGGGGACGACAAGGUCGAGAUUGUUUUCGACAACCGGCCAAUCUCCCCUUCCAAAGUCCUCCCCCCGUCACUCGUCCUCGCCGCUCCGAGACCACUCAAGACCAACUACCUCCAAUCCCUGGCAAAGCACCCGAAAUCCGGAAAGGAGAGAGUGGUUGACGUGAACGGCGACGGGACCCCUUCUACCAUCAAGCCGCAAACUCUCGAAGACGGCCUGGCGGAGCUGUUCCCCUCAAGGAGAUUCAAGCCCUGCUGGAAGACCGUCCAGAUCCCCAAACCCUCGAUGGCCGUCUUCGAGGAGCACCCCGACCUCAUCGUUCUCGGCGCAGUGAUUGCCUUGGUCCUCGUCCUUCUCGUGCUGGAGACCGUCGGCACGACUUUCCAAGGGGUCCGCAAACACUACUCUCCUCCUCAAGGACAAAUCAGGCUGGAAGGGGAUGAGAAGUCCUGCAAGGCUCUGUCCUUCCGGUCAGAUGAUAUGAUUCCCUGUAACGAUGAAGAGGACGUGGGGAGACAGGCAUUAUGA